CGCCACCGCUAUCCCUCCCCCCCUCCCCCCCCCUCCGGCUUUUCGCAGGACGGAACUGCGCGUUGGCUCUCCGCUCUCCUCUCUCCUGCGCUCAAGGUAGAGCCACUGUGGUCGGCUCCGCUAGCGUCGUUUCAUUCGAACUGCGACGGUGUUGUCGGCCUAGGAGUCUACACGGAGCGAUGGCGACAGCGACGGCAAAACGGGCCAACUCACCGACGUCUACAUAGUUACGUCUCGGCUACGAGGGUCCGUGGUGGCCUCAGCGGCCACCCUUUUGGGGUGGCUUACAAGCCCAAUCCAACACCAGGCGGAGGCCUACCGGCACUGGGGGCUGGCGUUCAGGCACGGGCCGGAGACACCCGGCCAGCUCCUUCAGGUCGUGGAUGCUGGCCCGCAUCCGGCCUCGGGCCGGAUAGUGGCCAGUACUACCUACCAAACGUGGGAGGAGAUCACAGCCACCAGCGAAACCACGCGGGCCAACUCACCGACGUCUACAUAGUUACGUCUCGGCUACGAGGGUCCGUGGUGGCCUCAGCGGCCACCCUUUUGGGGUGGCUUACAAGCCCAAUCCAACACCAGGCGGAGGCCUACCGGCACUGGGGGCUGGCGUUCAGGCACGGGCCGGAGACACCCGGCCAGCUCCUUCAGGUCGUGGAUGCUGGCCCGCAUCCGGCCUCGGGCCGGAUUGUGGCCAGUACUACCUACCAAACGUGGGAGGAGAUCACAGCCACCAGCGAAACCACGAAGCACCUCGGUGCAUUUAACAUCACGAAGGAAGAUGUGAUGAAGGCUGUGGAGAAACUUGGCAACAUGGGUGCAUAUAGCUUGCUCGACCGAAAUUGUCAGUGCUUUACGCGAAGACUGUUGAUGCUGUUGAAGAUACCCCUGCCCAUGGACAUCUUGCCUGCGGAAAGUGUCAUCGUGGAAGCUGUCACCGGAGGAGCACCAAAAGCAGCGCUUGCAUCAUCGGUUUUUUUUGUGAGGUUUGAUUCCGCACAGCUAAAUUGAAUUUUUAUGCAUAUAUUGCCACCAAAAUUUUUGCGCUCAAUCAGAAAGAUAGAUCCGAAAUUUCGCAGUUGAGCCCACACCACUAUGGCAUCGUCACCACCAUUUGUUGUCUCAGCUACAUAAUAGGGAGAAACAUAAUAGGGAGAAACAUAAUAGGGAGAAAAUUCCUUAGGCAUAAACAAUUGCCCUCUCUUCGUGAUAACGAAAUGAAACCAAAAUUGGACAGUUGAUGAACACAGAACCAAAACUAAGAUAAUCAUAUACAGUGUAGGAGGUUGCUGCUUCGCCACUUCUUCCGAGUAGCCAAGAAGACAAGAACCCAACAAGGCUUUUGAAACUCGUCGCUCAAGUCCUUCUCUCCAACAUAUUUUUUUUAAUGUAUUAGCUAAGGCAUUCGAUGUUCCUGUUUGUUAUGGAGACUACACGUAAGCACUGAUUUGCAUGUAGACUACCUACUGUUUGUGAUGUGUCCUCGUUGCAGGAAAGAGCGGUGUUGUGCAAUAAAUCAGCGCUCCUUCUAUGC